GGGUGUGGAGGUUGCGGCGAUGCUCAAAGUGGGCAGUAAGUUUUAUACAUUUGACGAGUUAAGCAGACGGUUGGAGGAAUUUCAAGAACUAGAACAAGUGCAGCUUUGGGUGCGUGACUCGAGGACUGUUGUAGCCGCAGCGAAGAGGGCGCGCCGCAAGUCCCUCAACCCAGCUCUUAAAUAUGCCGAGCUGACCUAUUCCUGCGUCUUUGGUGGGCGAAGACCCUCGGACCAAACCAAGACACACAAUCAGACGUCAGCGGGAGGCUGCCCGUUCAAGGUCCGGUUAUCAACAUCAAAUGAUGGCCAAGCUCUUGUUGUGAAGGAGAUCUGUCAUGACCACAACCAUGAACCAGGCAAAAAGCUACACGAAGAGCCAAGGCGCUUGUACAAAAAGACCACAAACCGCACAACAGUGCGAAAGCCCGUCCGUUACAUUGUGAACAAACAACGUGUGACCAGUAGUACUGGAGGCAAGUCAAAGGGUCGCCAAGAAAACGAGUCUCACAUCCAACUGGGACAAUCUCCCUUCCACCACCUCCACCUCCACCAACAGCAAUAUCAGCAGCAGCAACAACAAAUAAAGUUGCAGCUGCAACACCACUUGCAGCAACAGCAGCAGCAACAGCAGCAGCUGAGGCAGAAGCAAGCGGAGGUCAUACAGCUGGACUCGCCAGAUCACAUUGAUACGCCAGACCACCUGAGCUCCCCGGAUCUUUCCAACACCUUUGAUCAGCUGGGUUCACUCAACAACUCCGUCGAUCAGUACACGUACCUGCCACCCUCACCCAUCUCUCCGAGCCUGUCUAGUGGCUGUCCGGUUGACUGCGAAGAGGAGGAUCGUCUAGAGCCUAUUCUGGACUUGGAAGAGGCCCUAGAAGAAGCCCUUGGCGACCUGGACAGUGUGGGCAGCAUGGAGGUGGAUGCCAGCCUGCGAUUGACCUCGGUCGGGAGUAACAACCCUCCCCUUGUGUCCCACUCGGAAGCGGUCUCUCCCGAGGAGCACACAGGUCCACCUCCAGCCAAGAGGCAGCGUGGACGUCCCAGGAAACAGUCAUUUACAGGAAGUACGUUUGAUAAUAGUGUGGACAUUCCAGAUCUUGAUUUCAGUCUGAGUGACUUGAUGGACUUUGACGUCUACCUGUUCUAGCCCAGGGCCGGUGGUGCAAGGAACUGUCACCCGUAGCUACAAAGUCAAAGUUCAAACUUGUACAGCUGCCUCUUGUAUGAACUUGACUUCAUAAUAGUUGAUCAAAGCGUAGUAAACUACUGUACCUUUUCUUUUGUAAAUCUUCCCUUCUGUUUCUGUUUUAUAUCAGUUUGUAUGGAACUGAGCUUGAGUUAACAAGGUUUCACUCUUUAGGGUCAUGGCUAUAUUUUUAGUUCUGGUUCCGUGGUAGUACUCAUGAAUAACUGUCACAUGUAAAAUUGCACUAUAAAAAUGAGCUGGUUACAAAAAAUACAACCACAAAGCUUUA